AUGAUACCCAAUGUCGAGGAUCCCGUCCCGCUAACUGAUGAUAGUGGUGUAACGAAAAAGAUUUUGAGGCCUGGAGAAAUUAGUUCAGGCUGUCCACCAGCAGGCAGUACUGUAAUUGUGCACUAUGUUGGGACACUCGCCUCGGAUGGCUCCGAGUUUGACAGUAGUCGUUCUCGUAAUGAGCCUUUUCGCUUCAAGCUUGGCAAAGGUUCCGUGAUAAAGGGUUGGGACAUAGGUGUUGCUACUAUGAAAAAGGGAGAGCUUGCUUUGCUCACUUGUCAUCCCGAUUACGCGUACGGGAAGGAAGGCUCGGGCAAAAUUCCUCCCGACUCAAUACUUAACUUUGAAGUUGAACUUCUAAAUUGGAUUGAUGGGGACGACGUUUUAGGCGAUGGACGCCUUUUUAAAAAAUAG